AUGAAUUAACCCUCGGAUGAUUAAUCAUAUAAAACUAUUAAAUCCGCAAAGUCGUAGGCUUAGAUAGGACAAACAGUUUCUGGGGAGUAUUCAUCGGAGAGGAAAAAGUAAAUAUAAUAAAAAAUUUACUUAAUUUUGAAUGAUUACGAAUGCAAUAAGUUAGUAAGAGAAUGAAUAAUGUAGGCGUUUUUCUUAUCAAUUUUAUCGAUCUUCAUAAUCUCACUUGAUAUUAUAUUACUAAUUUUAGAGACUGAAAAGGAAUUGGGAAUAAUGGACAUUUGGGUAACUGCUAAUUCAGGAGUGAGCGGUUACUUUUUAGUGGAAUAUAUUUUCAGAGUGGCCUCUUAUAAUGCUUUUGAUGAAACUUUGGCUGAAUUUUUUAAGAGUAAAUUAGUAACUAAUUAAGAACCUUUUAAUUUAGUGGAUAUACUUGCAUUGGUAUAUUCUAUAAUUGAAUAAAUCUUGUAUAUUGUUGACGUGUGGGUUGAUCCUAGAAUUAAGGUAUUAAGAAUGCUGAUUGUUCUUCGUCUCAUUAGAAUAUUUAAGUUUUCCACUUUCUCUCUGGGAGUCAAGGUAUGUGAUUGAUAAGUAGAAUAGAUAUUAAUAAGAGGACUAUCAGAAAGCAUGCAAGCACUUUCAUUGCUCCUAUUUUUCACCAUGAUAUGUAUUGAUUUAUUCAAACUACUGAGGUGUGAUAUUGAUAUCUAGUUUUAUGUACUUCGCUGAGAAAGAGUUUGUGGAUGAUAGUCAAAUCUAAAAUAUCCCUUAAGCAAUCUGGUGGGCAAUCAUAACAAUAACAACUGUAGGGUAUGGAGAUUAUGUUCCCAAAUCUUUACUCGGAAAAUUUAUUGGAGUCUUGAGUCUAAUUUUUGGAGUAUUAUUACUUUCACUUCCCGUAGCCAUUAUUGGAAAUAAAUUCUAAGAGAUUUAUUUGUAAAACAAGAAGGAAGAAACCAAAAGAGCCAGAAAGAAUGCAAAGGUGAAAAUGAAUAACUAAAAAUUAGACUCAUUACAAUUCAAUUUAGAAUUAGAAUGAAAAAGAAAUAUACAGAAUAAUAUUAAAAUUAAAUGAGUUGGAGUAAGUGAAUGAAAGAAUCGAGCAAUGUUUGAAAGAUAAUCAAUUUCUAUAUAGAAGUAACUCAGUCAUAGCAUAUUUGUAGGUAUAUCUAGAGAUGCUUAGAGCAUGAUAGAUAAGAUUGAAAUCAAUAGAGAAAACGGUAAGAGCAAGAGCAAACAGAAGGAAAGGCUGAGUACCCAAGAAAGAAUAAUAAAGAUUAGAGAAGAAAUUCUAAAUAGUAGAAAAAAUAGAUGA